UGUAGCAGAUAUGAAUGCCCAUUUGGGGAUUAGCUGCAGAUCUUGGAAGCUUUUGCUAGUAUUUUUUUAUUGGGUUUUGAUUGGUUGUUGAGGGUUUUGUUUUGAUCUGGAUAUUUGUUUUAGUGGGUAAGUAGAUCUCUGUAGUUGAGGUUGGUGAUCUAGAAUUUGCGUGUGCUGUUGAAGUUUAGGUUUUUGGUCUUUGAGUGGGUGAUACUGUUGGAAAGCUGAUGUGGGUUUGGCGGGUUUUGUGAAAUUUAGUGAGAGAACAGCUGUGUGAUACGUUAGAGUUUGAUGAAUUCGUUACUUCGAAAGAGAAUGUGAAGAGAGGGAAGGAAAGAUUGAAGAUUCAUUUGGAUUGAAAAUAUUUAAAGCUUGAUUUGAUUUUCGUUUUUGUUGUUAAAGCUUAGUAUUUUUGUAAAUUAGUGGAGUGUGAUUUACUAGGGGAAUUACAUGAGGGUUAUUGUGGUUUGCUAUAUGAGAGUUGUGAUAUUGUUAAUGAAGCCAGCUUUGUUAUUUAUGAAAGUUUACUUGCAUAUUCUGAAUUUGCCAACCUAUAUUGAGUGCAGUAUUGUGAAUAAUUUAAUUUGGUCUGAGGUGUCAUUCUCAUGUGGAGGUUGCUGCUACUAGAUAUGGAUUGCAGAUAUUUUCAGUCUGUCAUCGAGAAGCAAUUUGACUUUUGUGUAAAGCUAUGAUCAAUAGCAUUCUUUGUCAGUUUGUUUAUGGCUUCCUUUAAUCUGGCUGGUCGUUGUCUCCAUAGCAUAAUAGAUGGAUUCCAGUAUGUUGGUUAUAUCAAUCGGUUGCUUAAAGGUCGCAGUAUUCCAGGUAAAAUAUUAUUGACCAGAAGGGCAGAUCCUAUAGAGGACCCAACCUUACAUUCCCCUAGUUCUGGACGCAGCCUUUCUCAAAAUGAUGCUGGGACAAGUGAUAACAUGCAUGAUUCCAUAGAGGUUUUAUUUAUGGUAGAAGUUCAAGAUACAACCAGGCCAAAAAAUAAUGGAAGUGCUUAUAAGUUAACAAUUUCAAAUAUUGAAACUAUGUUCGAAGAAUCUCACAAGUCCACCAUGGGUGCUAGAGCUACAGAUUCUGCAAGGGUUAUGAAAUUUACCAAGGAGCUAUCUGGUUCCAUGGUCAUAGUAGAGAGAUUACGAGAGUUAGCUUGGAGUGGUGUACCACCAUACAUGCGCCCUACUGUAUGGAGGCUUCUUUUGGGAUAUGCACCACCUAAUUCAGAUAGAAGGGAGGGAGUCCUGAGAAGGAAGCGUAGUGAGUAUCUUGACUGUGUUGCUCAGUUUUAUGACAUUCCACAUACUGAACGUUCAGAUGAUGAAAUCAACAUGCUUCGCCAGAUUGCUGUUGAUUGUCCACGAACCGUGCCUGAUGUUACUUUCUUUCAGCAAGCACAAGUUCAGAAAUCCUUAGAGCGCAUUCUUUAUACAUGGGCCAUUCGGCACCCUGCAAGUGGUUAUGUUCAGGGGAUAAAUGAUCUUGUUACACCCUUUCUUGUUGUUUUCCUUUCGGAAUAUUUGGAAGGGAGUGUGGAUAAUUGGUCAAUCUCAGAUCUACCACCAGAAAAAAUCUCUGACAUAGAAGCUGAUUGCUAUUGGUGCCUAUCAAAAUUGCUUGAUGGUAUGCAAGAUCAUUACACAUUUGCUCAACCAGGAAUCCAGAGACUUGUGUUUAAGCUGAAGGAAUUGGUUCGCCGGAUUGAUGAACCUGUUUCAAGACACAUUGAGGACCAGGGGCUUGAAUUUCUUCAAUUUGCCUUCCGCUGGUUUAAUUGUCUUUUAAUUCGCGAGAUCCCAUUUCAUCUUGUUACUCGGUUGUGGGACACAUAUCUUGCUGAAGGAGAUGCAUUGCCUGAUUUUCUUGUGUACAUAUUUGCCAGUUUUCUUUUAACGUGGUCCGAUAAGCUUCAGAAGUUGGACUUCCAGGAGAUGGUAAUGUUCCUGCAACACCUUCCGACUCACAAUUGGACACACCAAGAGCUUGAGAUGGUACUGUCUAGAGCAUACAUGUGGCACAGUAUGUUCAAUAGCUCUCCUCGCCACCUAGUAAGCUGAAGCAACAAUUAAUAACAUUCUGAAUCCGGUUUUAUUCUUCCUCUUUUGACAAUUAUUUUCCUUCAAGUGUAUGUGUUCACUAAUUUUGGCAGAAAGAGGCCAAUCCAUGCUGUCGUUUCUGUUGUCAAAGUGUGGCCUGUAAAGUAUGUAUUGUCUGGCAUUCCUUUGUAUAUCUACCUGAUCAAAGCAAAAAGGAUUCAUACUUCUUGUUUUUCGAUUGCCAUCAGUGAAACUCAAAGCAAUUUUAUUGUA